AUGGCAGCCGCCGGCGACGAUGGCAUCACGCACCGCGACGUCGAGGUAAACGGCGUGCGCCUGCACGUCGCGGAGGCCGGGCCGGCGGGCGCCCCCGUGGCGCUGCUGCUCCACGGCUUCCCGGAACUGUGGUACACGUGGCGGCACCAGAUGCCGGCGCUCGCCGCCGCCGGGUACCGCGCCGUGGCGCCCGACCUGCGCGGGUACGGCGGCUCCGACGCCCCCGCCGCCGCCGCGGCCGGGCCUGAGCAGUACACUGCCCUGCACGUCGUGGGCGACCUGGUGGCCCUCGUCGACUCCCUCGGCCACGACAGGGUGUUGGUGGUGGCGCACGACUGGGGCGCCAUCCUGGCGUGGCACCUCUGCCAGUUCCGGCCGGACAAGGUGGUUGCUCUGGUCGCCAUGAGCGUCCCCUUCACCCCCAGGGACCCGGUUCAGACGCCGGUUGGCGCGCUGAGGUCCCUCUACGGCGACGAGUACUACGUAUGCCGUUUCCAGGAACCUGGAGCGAUGGAGGCAGAGUUCGCUCGGCUGGGCACGGAGCUGGUGCUCCGGAAGUUCCUGUCCAUGCGGACAGCCGACCCCUUGUUUAUCCCAUACAGCGGGUGGGGAUCGCCGGACGACGAGGUGCCGCUGCCUAGCUGGAUCUCCGACGAGGAUAUCAAGUACUACGCCAGCGAGUUCGACAGAACCGGUUUUACCGGGGGAAUCAACUACUACCGUGCAUGGGAUAAGACUUGGGAGCUGACAGCACCAUGGAGCGGAGCUGAGAUAAAGGUACCGGUCAAGUUCAUCAUUGGAGAUCUUGAUUUGACUUACAAUAUUCCAUCGACACAAGAUUUUAUUUGCAAGGGAGACUCAAGUAAAUUUGUACCCUUGCUAGAUGAUGUGGUGGUCAUGGAAGAUGUUGGCCACUUCAUCAACGAAGAAAAGCCAAAUGAAAUUAAUGAGCUGAUAAUAAACUUCAUAAAGAAGUUUAGUUAA